CCAACCGCCAUUAAACACCAGAAGAAGAAGAAGAAGAAGAAGAAGAAGAAGAAGAAGAAGAAGAGAAUGAAAACAUAGCUUUGUUUGUUGGCAAGUGAGACUCCUCUUCAGCCUUGUUUUGGAUUAAAGAUCGUCUUCAGAGGACAUGGAUGUGAGCAUCGCUGUGUCCCUGAUCAGGGGCCAGAUGGGCACCGUCGUGGAGCGUGCGGUGAACGUAGCGGUGGAGACGGUGCUGGCCGAGAUGCUGAAAGUGGUCGGGGUGAAGUUCGAGGAGCUGAAAGCUCAGGUGGUGCUGAUGAAGAGGGAUGUGGUGGCGCUCCAGAGAGAGAAAGCCCUGAAGGAGAAGGAGAACGACAACAUCCGCGCCAAGCUGCGAUACACCGAGCUCAAGCUCAAGUACUACCGGCAGGGCGUGGAGGAGGAGCUGCAGCAGAGAGCCUCGGCUCUGAUCCGCGCCCACCCCUCCGCCCUCGCCCGGACACAGAGGGGUGAGGCCAKCGUCUCGCCCACAGAGCCCUUCCCAUCAUGCUCUGACCAGAAAACUGCAGAAGGGGCGCUGAGGAGGAGCAGUGAAGAAUGCACCUCUUCAGAGCUGACGGGCAGACGAGCAGUCAGAGGGGGCGGUCCUUCAGAUGUGCUGAGCUCAGACYCCUGUGAGCUGCUGCUGCCCGACACACUGGCUGUGAACACAUCUGCAGAGCCUUUACAGAACAGCACAGAUGCUUUUCCACAGUUGACCGGCCUGAUCCCGGCUGCUGUAGCCACACCCUCUGGUGCCCCGCCCCGCCAGGCUGUGCGGCCUUGGACGAAAGAUUUCAGCUUUUAUGAAGAAUAUAAGCUCCGCAGGAACGAGCUGCGGCGCCGAAACCUCACCAGGCGCAGGGAACUGGAGAAAACGUUGCCUCAGCCUCUGCUGGCAGAUCUUGUGCGUGAGCGUCGAGAGAAGACCAGACUGAGGGUAGCCAGAUGGAGGGCAAAGAGGAAACUCCAGGCCUGCCUGAACCAGAGUCAGGUUCAUGACGGCACUGCUGGACUUUCUCAGUCGGGUUUUCUUGGCAGCAGUCAGCAUCAGCAGCUUAGACCAGUGGUUCCCAAAGUUGGGGUCGGCACCCAAAGUGGGGUCUCGAAACAUCAAG